CACGCUACAACGUUCUGGCACGGCCUCGCCGUCUCCCUUGAGGCCCAUCACGUCUGUCCAUACAGUAUAGCCAUGCGUUGGUUUCUGUCGCGCGCGGCCCCCGACGUCACGGAGCCAGAGGAGCCCAAGCCCUCUGUCCUCACAAGGCUCUCCGCGGACAUAACGGCCGAUGUCGCUCUGCCCCGAGAGGCGUUGCGCCAUUUUGAACGUCCUUCCGAGGCCUUACCGCCGUCGUCGCGCGUCGGAGAUCCGAAGGUCAAACAGCGGAAGAACGAGCCGAUGAGGCUAUGGGAGCUCUGGAAGUAUGGUGCAUUCGCCGCGAUGAAAGCCACCACUCUCGCCGCGGACGUCGUCUCACAUCAGAUAUGGGGUCCUCGACGCAAGUCCUGGGGUAUCGAGAUGACGCUGCUGUCGAGUAUCAUGAGGGGCGUGAGCCGCUACUCAUAUUUGACAGACAUUGGAACCAUACGCAUGCUGAUGAACAUCGGCGGCCUCUGUCCGGUGCCGUCGGAUGCGCUCGUCACCCCUGUAACGUUCCAAGUGCGGAAACGCAAGCUCCGGGGGAUACUCGAAGAGUUCGAUGCUGUCGAAACCGGCAAUCGCGAACUCUCAGGCGAAUGGGUGGUUGGGAAGAAGACAUGGAGACGGCUGCAAGCGGAAUGGCGUGCUCGGAAACAAGGCGAACCCACUGGUCCUGCACCUGGCAGCGGUAAGCGGAAGGAGCGUAUAGUGCUGUACCUGCAUGGUGGCGCAUACUACAUGUUCAGUGCUGCUACUCACCGACUCUUAACUAUAACCCUCUCAAAGCAUCUUGACGCACGUCUGUUUGCGUUGGACUACCGCUUAGCUCCAGAAACUCGGUUCCCGGGACCUUUGCACGACGCGGUCUCGUGUUAUCUCAGGCUCAUCGACGAUUUGCACAUUCCUCCAGAGAACAUCGUCAUCGCUGGAGAUAGCGCCGGUGGCGGUCUCACUCUUGCACUUCUUAUGUACCUGAGAGACAACGACUAUCCAUUACCUUCCGGGGCCAUACUCAUAUCGCCUUGGGUUGACCUCACGAUGAGUUGCGAGUCGUGGGACAGCAACGCUGACUAUGACAUUGUACCGAUGCCUCAACCCGGUGACCACCUCAAUCCCAUCUUGUGUUACCUCGGAGAGCAUAUGGAGAAAUAUCUGACCCAUCCAUACGCAAGCCCAUUGUUUGGCGACUUCAAGGGUCUACCUCCCUUGCUCAUUCAAGCUGGUGAAGCUGAGGUACUCCGGGACGAGAUCACACUUCUUGCGCACAAAGCAUCGCUAGCCGGAGUAGAAGUGCGGUACGAGCUGUACGAAGACAUGGUCCAUGUAUUCCAAUCCUUGCCUUUCCUCGAAGCCGCCGAGUACGCCUUCAGGUCCUGUGCCGAGUUCGUAUGGAAGUUCCUGCCCCAGUGCCAAGCUCGUACUCCGCAGUACUUUGGAACGUCAGCAGAAAAGGGCCUUGAGAAUGAGAUCGACACCGAUGCUGCUCGUGUCGUUCGAGGCGACGGUACCGAGACAGGCGAGGGUCGCGAGGCUAUGGUCGAGACGCCGCCUAAGGAGAUGGGUCGCACCGGGUCGUACCGGAAGAUACACCCCACAAGUUCUGAACCGUCCACACCGAGUCUCGAAGAACCAAGUUGGGAGAACAUGUAUGCGAACACUAGCUCCGAUGACGAAGGAGACUUCGGGGAUGGGGUGGUUCGCGUAUAUACGCCGCCUUCUCCGUCCCCAACUUCGUCAUCAAUACUUCCUGGCGGUCAACGGCCGACGCUAUCCAAAGCACCAUCUUUCUCUCGUCUACGGGCGACGUUCACCGCAAUUGCCGAUGUCGCAUCACACCCUCCACAUACCGUACCACCCGAACCUACCAUCCGUCGCUCACAGCGGAGUCAUCCCGACGUUACGUCACUGUGCAAGUUGUGGUCUGAGGCCGGUCCAGCGAAUCAUACGAAGACCGUCAAGACUGAAGUAGUAUCGAAACCCAGCGAAAUGACACGUCAACCCUCCUUUCGUCAGGCAUAG